UAAAUCUAUCGAAAGAUUACAAACGUUUGCACACUUUAUCGCAAUCUUUUAAGAGCAUUUAAGCCAAUAUCCAUCGAAUUCGAAUUCAGUAUUAUUUCAAUCGAGAACUAAUCACAAAUCCGUUUUUCCCGUCAUAACAAAAAUGGUCGACAUGAAGGGAGUCUUCCUGACCAUCCUAGUUUCAAUGGUUUGUUUUAGUACAGCGCAGUACCUAAACUGUGGUACUAUGCCGCAUGGUUCGACACUUCCGCAUACUGACUGUUACCGGUUUUACCAUUGCUACAAUGGCCUUGUAAGCAUUUUAAUAUGCCCCGAAUAUUAUAAGUUCAAUCAAAAUUCUGGAAGAUGUGAAUACAGCCCGGACUGCAAUCAAGGAAGUUCGCCUCCGAUUAGCUCAGAGAACCCUUGUGUCAACGAAAAAACUGGAACUAAUAAACCACACGGUACAACUUGCAAGUUUUACUACUAUUGCUCUGCAGGGCUGGCAGUUCUAAUGUCCUGCCCUGAUGGCUGGGGAUUCAAUGCAAGUGAAGAGCUGUGUGUCAAAGGGCUAAAUUGCGUUUGAUUCUGAUAAAAGUUUUUGUUCUAUUAAAAGGGUUGUACAAGACAAAUGUGCUGGUGAAAGUGA